CGCAGGUUCAGACGUCCCUGCCGCAACUGCAUCCACGACGCACGGCGCCACGGCCACGGCACCACGCGCCCGGACGUCCACGCGCUACCAACCCCAGCUCACCGCACUCAGCCCAUCGCUCUCUCAGCCUCGGCGAUCACCUCUCCCACCCGCGCACUUUUCUCCCCGCGCCAAACACCAGCGCGGCAGCAAGCGAGCUUAACUAGGAGUACAAAGCAAGCCAAUUCGCUCGCUGUGCCUGUGCCCGCUGCCUACCGUCCGCGCGAGACGGACGGGCUCCUCUCCCGGCCGACGCCGCCAGGGAUUCCUUUCCCCCGGAAUGCUCUGCCGCCCCGUCCGGGCGGAAGAGGAGCACUAGGCGGCGGCUCGGAUGGGGCGCCCGGGGUACAUCACGGUGCCCAUACUCUCCGUGCUCGCCGCGAUCGGCUAUGUCUACUACACCACGGUGUUCCUGGCGAUCCCCGCGUGGCUGGGGCUCUCCACGGCGGCCGGGCUCGCCAACGCCACGGUCUUCACCGCGCUCGCUGCCGCCUGCGUCGCUACCUACGCCGUCGCCGUAUCGCGCGACCCGGGCCGCGUGCCGGCGUCCUUCGUGCCCGACGUCGAGGACGCCGGGAGCCCCAUCCACGAGAUCAAGCGCAAGAACGUUGCAGGGUGGUGAUUUGAGAUACUGCCAGAAAUGUUCCCAUUAUAAGCCUCCUCGAGCGCACCAUUGCCGUGUCUGCAAAAGAUGUGUUCUAAGAAUGGAUCAUCACUGUAUUUGGAUUAAUAACUGUGUUGGGCAUGAGAACUACAAGAUCUUCCUAGUUUUUGUUCUGUAUGCUGUAAUUGCAAGUGUCUAUUCUAUGGUUCUCAUUAUAGGGGGUGCUGUGCAUUUACCUAAAGAUGAAGAACCAGGCAGUGAUUCUUCUAGAACAUCUAUUAUUGUUUGUGGGGUUCUUCUGUUCCCUUUAGCGUUAGCACUCAUGGUCCUAUUGGGUUGGCAUGUUUACCUCAUCUUACAUAAUAAGACUACUAUCGAGUAUCAUGAAGGAGUUAGGGCUACGUGGUUGGCUGAAAAGGCGGGAAACAUUUAUCAUCAUCCUUAUAACCUUGGAGUCUAUGAGAACCUAGUUUCGGUGCUAGGUCCUAACAUGUUGUGCUGGCUCUGCCCAAUAUCAAGGAACAUAGGAAAUGGUGUUCGUUUCCGCACAUCAUAUGACAUUCCACUAUCAACUUCACCAAUGUGAUGCACACCACAUAAGGGUACACUCAUGUUGGAUAGUAUCUGCUAAUUUGCAAAAGAAACUCAGGUGCCCAUACAAGUGCUAGAUGUGCUAUUCUUCACAGUUUUGAUUUUUAGCAUUUAACCAGAGUGUUUGUCUAUCCUUAAAAGGAGAGUGUUUUCCAAUGCUUGAGCUUUUGUAAGGGUGUGCUACAUCAAAUCCAGUGUGUUUAGGAUACUGCUAGAUACAUCUGUCAUUAGGAUUUUUAGAGAUGCUGACAUACUUAGGUUUUCCUCCCCUGUUUUGGACAUUCUUGAGCAAAGAAGGAAUUAUUGCUUGUGUAGUAGAAUAGAGUAGGCUGUACUAACACACACCCAAAAAAAUAUGAAAAAAAGAGACGAGGAAAACUGUACUUAAGGUUGUUAUUUUGUAAAGUUGUGCCCAAACUGUUUUUUUUUUUGGUCCUGAAAGCUCAUGUGUUGUUGUGUCAGAUAGUACAUAAUGAGUUAAGGACCAAUCAACCAAGAUUAUUUGUAUACAGUUGUUGAGAAAUACAUGUCGAUAUUCGUUUCGCUGAAA